AUGUCUUCAAUUAAAAUCUGUGUUUCAACUGGUUCAGAAUCCAAAGGUGAAUUAACAACAAUUUCUUCAGGUGAUUUUCCUCAAAUCAAUGAUGAUCAAAUUCUUUUCAAAGGUGUUGCUUACGCCCUUAAUCCAACUGAUUGGAAACAUAUGUUAAAUCAUUGGGGUGCACCAGGAUCAAUCAGUGGUUCAGAUGCAGCUGGGAUUGUUACUCAAGUAGGUAAGAAUGUGAAAGGAUUUGAAGUUGGUGAUUAUGUAUCUACCACUUUACAUGGUAAUUAUAGACCUGAUAGAGGGGCAUUUGCUGAAUAUGUCAUUGCUGAUCCCGUCAUCACUAUCAAAUAUGAUAAAACUAAAUUUUUAGCAGAACCAUUAUCUGCUGGACAAACUGAUUCAAGUAUUAUUAAUUCUUUUGAAGGAGCUGCUGCUAUCACUUUAAGUUUAGCAACUGUUGGUUUAUCAUUCAGUAAUUCCUUGAAAAUUAAGCCAAACAAGGCUGAGAAUGCUUCCAAGUACAUUUUAAUUUGGGGUGGUGCCACUUCAACUGGUAUCGUCGGUAUUCAAAUUGCUAAGUUAGUGUAUGGAUUAAAGGUCAUUACUACUGCAUCUAAGAAACAUCAUGAAUUCUUGAAAUCAUUAGGAGCUGAUGAAACUUUUGAUUACCGUGAAUCAAAUGUCGUUGACCAAAUUAAGAAAGUAGCCAAUGGUAAGAUCUAUUAUGCUUUAGAUACUGUCGCAAAUAAUGAAACCUUUCAACAAACUUAUGAUGCAACUAUUGGAUCACCAACUGAAGCAUUUGAUAAUUUAUUAUCGUUAACCAAAGAAGAUAUCAAGACUGAAUCCGAUAAUCAUUCUAGAUUUGCAUCUUCAUUAGUUUAUUUAGUUGAUGGUAAACCACAUUCCUUAGGAUCAGUAAUUUAUCCAACUCAAGAAUUAUUAGAUGAUUAUCAUCAAUUCUGGUAUGAAUUAUUACCUCCAUACGUACCAUACUUAAAGAAUCCAAAUCUUAGAGUUUUAAAACCUGGUUUUAAAUCAGUUAAUGAAGGUCUUGAAUUAUUAAGAGAUGAUAAAAUUAGUGGUGAAAAACUUGUAUUCAGAUUUGAAUAG